AUGACAUACUUCUAUCACUUGUCUGCUCAGAAACUGCUGGUGGACUCCCAGUUGAUUAAGAACCACCAAAGAAGUUCAAUCAUUUUACUUGCAUGUCUCUUAUUGACUUUGGCUGGAAUGGGGAAAGAAGGGAUGUCUUUUAAUUUAUGGGGUCCCCCGAAUCUCGAUCAGUUGGUUGAAGCAAUGAAAUCUUUCGUCCCAAAUGCUGCCAUGGUUCAUACGCAUAGUGUUCUCUCAAUGCAAGGAUCUGAUGAAGCUUCUAGUGCUUCUUCAGUGAAGUUCGAUUAUCUUUAUGUUCCAAUUGUUUAUACCGUUGUCAAUAUAUUUGUUGUUCUCUUACGACCAUGUUGCUCGAAAGUGUGUGACUCGGUGAAGGAAGUUGUGUUAAACCCUGGUGAGCUUUCAGUGGUUUAUAUUUGUGAGUUUCCAGAGAUCAAAGGGAAGUUCGAUCCAGUUAAGGCUGCUAAAUUUGGGGUGGAACCUGGGCCAAAAUAUGCUCAAAUGCAAUGUGGUAAUCCAGUGCAGUCAGAUAACCUAGACAACACCGGUAAUGUUGUACAGGUUCAUCCUUGUCAAGUUGUGGAGCCUUCUAUUCCCGGUCCUAUUGUGCUCCUUGUUGACUGCCCGACACUUUCUCAUCUGCAAGAAUUGUCAUCUUUAGAGUCUCUUAUUCCAUAUUACUUGAAUACAUCUGAACAACCCAUUGACAUGUGCAAAAAAGUAAAUUGUUUGAUACACCUUAGCCCUGCAUAUGUAACAAAUAUAACUGCAUAUGAGCAAUGGACGACCAAAUUUGGUGAAGCCCAGCACAUAAUGGCAGGACAUGAGCCUUCAAGAGUUGCUGCAAAACUUAACUACCCGUGCCCUCAAUUCUUUCUUGCUCCUGGUUUUUUGUCCCUUAAGCAGUUAAAGAGCCUACCAUCAGUCUCAAAGUUCCGGAGGGAGUUGUCUCUUCCAGCUUCAUGUCGAUUCAUUUAUGCGGAGAACCUUCUCAAGAAUAUACUGGUUAUAAAAAUAGAUGAUAAAAGAGCAGAUUAUGAUGUUUCCACAUGGGAUAUUGUAGCCAUAAUAAUUGCUAUUAAAGAUGAUUUUUAG